AUGUUACUAUUUGGAAAGCAGGGCAAUAGUCUCGACGAGCUUCUCAACCGACCACGCCCAUCAGCCUGGCAGCAGUUUAUGAAGCAGCCAUGCAUCUUUCUCGCAUGCAAGCUUUACACUUGGCAGAGACAAAUUGCUGCCCAACCAGUGAAAGACCCCGUCUCAGUUGUCUGCAUCUCCGAUACCCAUAACUGCCAACCUUCUCUCCCAGAGGGCGACAUUCUUAUCCACGCAGGGGACCUGACUCAAUCAGGGUCAUUGAAAGAACUGCAGGCAAACAUUGGACUGGUUACGUGCACAGCCACAUGCAACGAAGAUACUGAGGACAAACCUCCUAGCUGGGGAGAUAUAAUCUAUCUCCAAGACUCAGAAGUGCCCAUCACCUGUAACAAUGGCCGCCUUCUCAAAGUCUACGGCAGCCCCUACUCACCACAUCACGGUAACUGGGCCUUCCAGUAUCCUCGCUGCAAAGUGCAGCUCGUGAGGAAUUUCCUUCGGCCUGCCACCGAAGCUAAGUGCCUCCUUGUGAACGCAUCGAUCGUGGGUGGUCUUCGAGAUCACGAGCGCCGACAGCCUGUCAAGCUGUUCAUUUAG